CCCCCUCCCUCCCUCCCCGAGCUGGAAAAUGGCUGUGCAGGGGAGCAGGGAGUUAUGACCGGGGAGAGGAAACAAGGAGACGCUGCAGGGAAAGCAAGAAGGACUCUCCUCUACAAGUUCCGCGCACAACUGGGAAAAAAAAAAGUACUUUUGGGACGCGCUCCCGUCUGCCAUUUUGGACUUCUUUGAGCCCACGUAGCUAAAAAGUGAGAAGACUGAAGAAAUAUCCACGGGUUGGCCGUAAUCCCCGUCCAGAACAUGCGGGAGCGUCACAGAACCGAAGAGGAUUAAAGACCGUCCCACUCUGCCACCGGCACUCCUGAUUUAGACCACUUGAUCGGAGCGCAGCAGGCCGCUCCGAUAGCAUCCGGCCUCGCAAGAGCAUGUUGCCUACGCUCUCCCUCUGCUCCAUCGUCUGGCUCAACCGGGGUAUCAAGCUGAGGAAAGUGCACCACUUCACCAACACCGGGCAGGUCUGAGAGAAGAGUGGGAAGGUCAGACUUGGGAAAAUGCUUCUCAGCUUUGGGUGACUCUGGCGUCCCUCGACAUCAUCUUCAGUGACUCAUAAACCUUUCCGGUUUUCCCGGCCCCGCGCCGUAUAAUCCUCUGUCGGCGGCCAUUUUGAAUUGUGCCCCCCCACGCAAAAUGGCAACAGAGGGUUUCCAGUACCGGGCGCUGUACGCGUUCACUAAAGACCAGGAGGAGGACUUGGACCUGCAGCCGGGGGACCUGCUGGUGGUGAGCAAGGCGUCCCUCCUGUCCAUGGAGAACUACCACCCGGGCCGCGCUGAGGAGCCGGAAUGCCUCGGCUGGCUCCUGGGGUACAACGAGCGCUCCAAGCAGAGAGGCGACUUCCCCGGGACGUACGUUCAGUACGUGGGCCCCGUCAAGAUGGCGCUCCCGUCCAGUCAACCCCGGUCUCAGCGGCCGCUGCCUGCCGCGCCGAGACCGGACACAUGUCAAGCUGCUUCAGUGCCGGACCUGAGUGAGCAGUUCACACCACCAGAGACGGCUCCCGCGGCCCUCGUCAGCCUGGUCCAAGCCAUAGAGCAGAGAGGUCUGGACUCGACAACUCUGUACAGGAUGACUGCUAGUUCCUCCAUUUCAGACAGCCCAGUGCACAGCCUCAGUCCUGAGAGUGAUAUCAGUCAGACCGAUGUGUCCAUCCUGUCAGAGGGGGUCUUGCACUACCUGAGAGACCUCCCUUCGCCGGUCAUCCCUGCCUGUACCUACGCUCCGUUACAAGCUGCCGUCGCACAGCAGCAGCAGCAGGCCCUGCAGCAGUCGACAGAUGGUGCCGUCGCCUGCAGCCACGACAGAGAAGUAAGUCACGUCCUGGAGAGCUCGGCCGCCGUCCCUCUCCAUCACCGCCUCACCCUGCAGUACCUGCUGGCACACCUGGCCAAGGUCACUCGGGCACAGGCCUGCAACGGCUUGGACACGCACACGCUGGGAAAGAUCUUUGGACCGCUGUUGAUGAGGACAGGUCUGUCUACUCCCAGGUUGUCUCUAGAUGAGGAGUUACCUGCUCUGGUGGUGGAAAGGCUUCUGAUUGAGAGAACUGCAGAACAAGACCUCACUCCCCCAGUUCUUCCAGCAAAGCCAGCGAAAUCAAAAACGGCACCACCAGCUUUGACGGACAUAAGUACCUUUCUCAGCGAUGCUGAAUGGUACUGGGGAGAAAUUUCCAGAGAGGAGGUAAAUGAGAAGUUGAGAGACACUCCUGAUGGUACCUUUCUGGUUCGAGAUGCCUCAAGCAAGCUGGAGGGCGAGUACACUCUCACCCUCAGGAGAGGCGGUAACAACAAACUGAUAAAGAUCUACCACAGAGACAGCCGUUACGGCUUCUCGGAGCCUCUCACCUUCCUGUCCGUGGUCGAGCUCAUCAACCAUUACCGCCAUGAGUCCUUGGCCCAGUACAACCCUAAGCUGGACACCAGACUCCUGUACCCUGUGUCCAAAUACCAACAGCUGGUGAAGGAGAACAGCAUCGAGGAGGUUGGUGAGCAGCUGAAGGUCUAUCAUGAACAGUACCAGGAGAAGAGUCGCGAGUAUGACGCCCUGUAUGAGGAGUACACACGGACCUCACAGGAGCUGCAGAUGAAGCGCACAGCCAUUGAGGCCUUCAAUGAGACCAUCAAAAUAUUUGAAGAGCAAUGUGAGACUCAGGAGCGCUACAGCAAAGAGUCUUUGGAGCGAUUCCAGCGCGAGGGCAACGAAAAGGAGAUUCAAAAGAUCCACAGCAACUCUGAGCGCUUGAAGUCUCGCGUGAAGGAGAUCCACGACAGCAAGCGGAAGCUGGAGCAGGACUUGCGGGAGCAGGUCUCCGACAACAGGGAAAUCGAUAAAAAGAUGAACAGCCUCAAGCCGGAUCUUAUGCAGCUCCGCAAGAUCAGAGACCAAUACUUAAUAUGGCUGACACAGAAGGGUACAAGGCAGAAGAAGAUUAACGAAUGGCUCGGCAUAAAGAACGAUGCUGACGACUCAUACUCGCUGGAGGAUGACGAGGGCUCGCCCCAUCAUGAUGAGUGCACCUGGUACGUGGGUGACAUCAAGCGCACCCAGGCUGAGGAAAUGCUGAGGGGCAAAUGUGACGGAACCUUCCUCAUCCGUGAGAGCCAAUCACAGAAGGGCUCCUACGCCUGCUCCGUUGUCAUGGACGGCGAGGCCAAACACUGCGUCAUCAACAAGACGUCCACGGGCUACGGCUUCGCCGAGCCGUACAACCUCUACUCCUCCCUGAAAGACCUGGUGCUCCACUACAAAAACGUCUCCCUGAUCCAACACAACGACCAGCUGAAUGUAAACCUGGCGUACCCGGUCCUGGCCCGCUCUCAGAAUCAGAACCAGCACCCCAGAUGAACGAACCCCCAAGCGGGCGGAGCGAGGGGGACAUCUUUCACUUUUUAACGCUGAAGAAGGGGGUCGUUCCUGGUUUUUAAAACGGCGAGUCCAA